AAGCUAUUUGGCCCCGUGGCCCGAACGGACAGAGUUUAGUCUAGCAUGAGACAGCAGAGGGUGAGCACCCUAGUUUUCACACACUAAAGGUGCUGAGGGGUAAAGCACUUAGUUUAAGAUCGCAAACAAUGAUGAAGUCCAGCUAUCGGCAUGAGGUACGCAAGAAGUACGAGCGCUCCGAUGUGUACGAGGAGCCCAGCAGCCCAGAGACGGAGUCGGCUCCGGCCGUCCCGGGAUGGCAGAACCUGCAGGAGCUGAACAGCCGUUUCGCGCGUUACAUCAACCGCGCGCGCGUCCUGGAGCAACGCAACGCCGUGUUUCGCAAACAGCUGGAGACUCUGCAGCGCAUGGAGGAGACGCCGGGGGUGGAGCAGACCUUCAGCGAGCAGAUCAGCGUCAACAGGCAACGCAUCCGAGAGCUGCGGUCCGACCGAGCCAAGCUGGAGAGAGAGCUGAAAGAUGCAGAGCGCAUGCUGGACGAGUACAACAGCAGAUACAGAAAUGAAUGUGAAUACCAAGAGCAGCUGCGGCACACGCUGGAACAGCUCAGUAAGGGAGCCGACACCGUGCUAUUGAAGAACCUUGAGUAUCAAAUCCAGCUGCAGUUUCUGCAAGACGACGUCAACGCUACCAGAGAGAGGCACAAAAAGAACCUCGCUGAGAUCCAAACGUAUAUGAAUAUCCUGCAGCAGAUCAACCAGACGAUCCCCCUGAUGCCAGGCUCGUCAGUCUCAGAGGAUCAGGAGCGUGUGAUGGCUCAGAGACGAGUGCCGGGUCUGAGGACUCAGUUGGAGGAGUACAAGAGCGCCAUCUGUCAGCUGAAGGCCCAGAAGCAGCAGCUGCACACUGAGACCUCUGUGUUGGAGCAAACCAUCAAGACGACCCAGGCGAGCUACGACGGCGAGAUCCAGCAGUUCAACGAUCGCAUCGAGAGUCUCCGGAAGGAGAUCGAGGAGGCCGAGAGAUCUCUGGAGGGUUACACCAGCCAGUGUUGGCGGCUGGCCAUGUACCAGAGCUCUCUGGAGAACGAGCUCGAGCGCUCCAGGAGAAUCAUCGAGAACGAGGACAGCCGAUUGAAUUCGUCAAUAAUUGGGACACCUAUUACUCUGCUCACAUCCAGAAAUGAAUACACCCACAGUCCUAGCGUGAGCAGGCAGGGACGAGAUAUCACCCAAGCCAUCCAAGUUAUCACCAACGUAAAGCCUCGUCAGAAGAACUUGCCCAAGAAAGUGUUUAAAAUGAAAGAGAUCACUUCCAAACAAGCUAGUGGACUUGAGAAGGCAGCAGGAGAAUUUGUGGAGGAAGAGAAAGAACAAGUGAUGGAGGAGCAGGGGGAGAGAAGAGAGGAACAUGCUCCUGGAGAAGAUGUGCCUGAUGGCGCUCAGAUCAGCAAGGCCUUCGACACGCUCUGCAACAUCAUUCGUGAUCGCAUGAGACGGGGAAGGAGACCGGAGCCCAUCGCGGACUUCUUCACCAAGGGACGCUACGUACUAGUGACCGGCGACUCUAGCUACCUGGACCCGGGCUUCUGUUCAACCACCCCUUCUGCCAGUCACGUCUUUGUUACAAUCCAUGAUGACAGGAUGCCUUAUGAUCCUCACUGGAGAGGUGAACCUUCCCCUACCCCAAGCCCCCUACCCGGACCAACACCCCUAUACCCUUCCACACCUUCAGAUCCAGGAAAGGGAAAAGGCGACGGAGAUGAAAGGGGAAAGUCCAAAAAUGGAGAGCCUCAUCCAAAGGAGAAAGAACCAGAACCGAGCCCCAGUCCUCCACCAGGUCCGCAUGACAAGAAAGACCCCAGCCCUCCUCCUCCUCCGGGCCCCAGGCAGCCCUCACCCCAUCGUGGAGGAAAGCCCAAGAUCCCGGAGGAUCCCAGCAUCUUCCCACCCAUGCCAUCGCACACCUCCAUCCCCCCGGACUCCAUGAGUUAUGAGAAGCUCGAGGUCAUUGAGUCAGUGGAGAAGCUCUCGCCUGACAAAAGAGUGAAGGGCUAUGAGGAGACAACCACAGUGGUGGAGACCAUGAUCGAGAAGACCAGUAGAAAGAAACAUGCCGAUAAAUCUUCUUGAGCCACGGAAACAUUUCUAUUAAACCAUUCUUGCCUCUGACCCGCUCCGGUAUUGCCGUUGAAGAGAUUCCUAGUGCUGCUGUUAACUUCCUGAACCAUUGCCUUUGGCCUUUACUGUCUGAAAACUUGGGAAGCUAAAACUAAAUUGCCCCAUCUCCCCCCUCACACAUAAGAUGACUUAAAGGAGUAGUUCACUUCAGG